UGAACUACACCAAAAUAAUAAGUUAACCACUGUGGAAUAACUAACAGCUGCAGUCGUCACAGAAAGUAGAAUCGGCACUUGCCAUCAAUCGUCCUUUGUCCUUGGUUAAGGAUCGUCUUGUAUGUUCAACUCUGACAAUGUGCCACAGUUGGCAGACUAGGAAUCAAAGCUUAAUCUACGAGUAUAGCAAUCUAGACUUUAAAUAAAGCUGAUUUGUUAUGGACUGGUUACUAGCAACGCCUCAGUUGCAUAGCGUCUUCUCCUCGCUGGGCUCCCUUGUGGGAGACACGUACGUGGUCAGCCCCAAUGCAUUGGCCAUAUUGAAGGAGAUCAACUACAAGCUCACCUAUGAAGAUCAGACUUUGCGCACCUUUCGCCGUGCCAUUGGCUUUGGUCAGAACGUGCGCUCCAAUUUGAUCCCAUUGCUGGAGAAUGCCAAGGACGAUGAGGUGCUGGAGUCUGUCAUACGCAUUCUGGUCAAUCUUACCGUGCCGGUGGAGUGGCUAUUCUCCGUUGAUAUUAUGAAUCGCACGGAGGUGGGCCGACACACCAUCUUCGAGCUGAACAAGCUGCUCUACAGCUGCAAAGAGGCCUUCACCGAUCCGAAGAGCACAAAGAGCGUCGUUGAGUAUAUGAAACAUAUUCUGGAGUCGGACACAAAGCUGUCGCCCCACAAAUGCGAUCAGAUCAACAACUGCCUCCUGCUGCUACGCAACAUUCUCCACAUACCGGAGACCCACGCCCACUUCCUGAUGCCCGUGAUGCAGUCGAACGGCGGCCAUCAGGUCUCCAUGCAGAAUACCAUAUUGUGGAAUCUCUUCAUACAGAGCAUCGACAAGCUGCUGCUCUACCUGAUGACCUGUCCGCAGCGAGCGCUCUGGGGCGUGACCAUGGUACAGUUGAUCGCGAUGAUCUACAAGGAUCAGCAUGUGAACACCUUGCAGAAGCUGCUGAACUUGUGGUUCGAGGCAUCGCUGUCGGAGAGCUCCGAGGACAACGAGAGUAACACGUCGCCGCCGAAGAAGGGCAGCGGCGAUUCCAGUCCCAUGCUCACCUCGGAUCCCACCUCCGACUCCUCGGACAAUGGCAGCAAUGGCGGCAGUAGCAGCAACGGCAAGAAGGAGGGCUGCGAUGAGCGGCGUCAGGCUCUGCGCGAGGGCACCGAGGCCACACUGCAGGAGGUCAGCCGCAAGGGGCAUGAGUAUCAGAAUGCCAUGGCCCGGGCGACGGCGGACGAGCCGAAUGCUUCAGAGGGGGCCAACGAUAUUUUCGAGGCCCCCUGCUCGUCGCAGCAGCAGCAUUUGAGUACCGAGGAGGCCAUGGACGCCAUCGACUAUGAGGAGCAGGCACAGGAAUACCUGCAGGAAGCGGCUGCCGUCAGUUCGGAGCCCCUGAAUCUAACACAACCAGCUGACAAUGUCAACAGCACUACCAAUGCGGUGUACGCUAGCACCACCGCCACAGAGACCCGCACCACAUCGUCCUUGUGUGGAACAACUAGCCUCUGCUACGAGCCCUUCAAGCCGCCGGCACCGCUGCCCUCACGGCGGAACACCCUGUCGGAAAUGCUGUCGGACAGCUAUACGCCGCACUCGCACGUCUCGGCCGUCAAAUUGGGCCAGAAGUCCUCGCAUGCGGGCCAACUGCAGCUGACCAAGGGCAAGUGCUGUCCGCAGAAGCGAGAGUGCCCCUCCUCCCAGUCGGAGCUCUCGGACUGUGGCUAUGCCACCCAGGUGGAGAACCAGGAGUCCAUCUCCACAUCCAGCAACGAUGAUGACGGACCCCAGGGCAAGCCGCAGCAUCAGAAGCCGCCGUGCAACACGAAGCCAAGGAACAAGCAGCGCACCCUCAUGUCGCCCCAGGACAAAAAGGAGCUGCGUCGCAAGAAGCUGGUCAAGCGCAGCAAGAGCAGCCUCAUCAACAUGAAGGGUCUGGUGCAGCACAUGCCCACAAACUAUGAUAUAUCCAAUUUGCUGAAGGAGUUCACAGUUGACUUUUUGCUCAAGGGCUACAACUAUUUGGUGGAGGAGCUGCACAAGCAGCUCCUAACGAGUACGAAGGUGCUCAUUGACACGUCGCACUUCUUCUGGCUGGUCACAUUCUUUCUGAAGCUCGCCGCUCAACUGGAGCUGGACAUGGAGCACAUUGACACCAUACUCACCUACGACGUGCUCAGCUAUCUCACCUACGAGGGCGUCAGCCUCUGCGAGCAGCUCGAGCUGAACGCCCAGCAGGAGGGCAGCGAUCUGCAGCCCUAUUUGCGGCGCAUGCACCUGGUGGUCACGGCCAUCCGCGAGUUCCUGCAGACCAUUGAGACGUACAACAAGGUGACGCACCUCAGCGAGGACGAUCGCCAGCGCUUGCACCAGCUCCAGCUGCAGAUCGGCGCCACCUCGGAUCUGCGUUGUUUGUUUGUGCUGCUGCUGCGACGCUUCAAUCCGCGCAUCCAUUCCAAGCAGUACCUGCAGGACUUGGUGGUGACCAACCACAUCCUGAUGCUGAUCCUCGACAGUGCUGCCAAGCUGGAAGGCGGCCAGACCAUCGGACUGUCCGAGCAUAUUGCACAAUUUGCCACUCUGGAGGUCAUGCACUACUACGGCAUUCUGCUAGAGGACUUUGAUAACAAUGGCGAGUUCGUCAACGAUUGCAUCUUUACCAUGAUGCACCACAUCGGCGGCGACCUGGGCCAGAUUGGCGUGCUCUUCCAGCCAAUCAUACUAAAGACGUACUCUCGCAUCUGGGAGGCGGACUACGAGCUAUGCGACGAUUGGUCUGAUCUCAUUGAACAUGUUAUACACAAGUUUAUGAACACGCCGCCCAAAUCUCCCUUGACCAUACCAACAACGUCGUUGACUGAAAUGACGAAGGAGCAUAACCAGGAGCACACUGUUUGCACCUGGUCGCAGGAGGAGAUGGACACUCUGUAUUGGUAUUAUGUGCAGAGCAAAAAGAACAAUGAUAUCGUGGGCAAGAUCGUGAAGCUCUUUAGCAAUAAUGGCAACAAGCUGAAGACUCGAAUUUCCAUCAUUCAACAGCUGCUGCAGCAGGAUAUCAUCACUUUGCUGGAGUAUGAUGAUCUGAUGAAGUUCGAGGAUGCCGAGUAUCAGAGAACACUGCUAACCACGCCCACAUCGGCCACAACCGAGUCGGGCAUCGAGCUGAAGGAGAGCGCCGCCGGCAAGCCAUCCGAUGAUGUACAGAUUUUGCUGGAUCUGAUUAUUAAGGAGCACAAGUCGUACCAUCUGGUCUGGCUGCAGAAGCUGCUGCUCGAGUGCUGCUACAUCAAGCUGAUGCUCAAGUCCGGCAGCAGUCUGGCCGACGCGGAUCCCAUCAUGGAGCCAGUGGCCUAUCACUACAUAUACAAGCAAAAGUCCAUUCCGGUCGUCCAGUGGAACAACGAGCAGUCGACAACGAUGCUGUAUCAGCCGUUUGUCCUGCUGCUCCAUAAGCUGGGCAUACAGCUGCCGGCGGAUGCGGGCUCCAUAUUCGCUCGCAUUCCGGACUAUUGGACGCCGGAGACGAUGUUCGGGCUGGCCAAGAAGCUGGGACCGUUGGAUAAACUGACGCUCAAAUUCGAUCCCAGCGAGCUGGAGGAGACGCCCUCGUCGAGCGCCUCGUCGCGCUAUCAUCUCACCGGCGCCCGCAAUUCCCUCAGCUCCAUUGGCAGCCUGGACGCCGACUACGUGGAGCCCGAGGAGCUGGCGCUCAUACCCGAGGUAGAUGCCGCCGUGGAGAAGGCAGCGGCAGCCGGUGCGGCCAUUGCUGUCAGCGACAUCUUUGCCGUGCCCAAGGCCAAGCAUUGCAACUCGAUCAUCAGGUACACACCAGAUCCGACACCGCCUGUGCCCAACUGGCUGCAGUUGGUCAUGCGCAGCAAAUGCAAUCAGCGACCCGGCCCAACAGCCGACACCGGCGAUUGCGUCACAGCUGGCGAAGACGAGGGCAUGGGCAAGUCGAAUGCCUCCACGCAGCAGGCGCCGUGCACAGCGAAUCCGAGCAGCACGCUGGCCAAGCUGAACAAGUUGAGCAACUGUACGUUCAUGUCGCCACCAAAUGAGAACAGCAGCAGCUCCGGCUGCGGCGCCACGGUCUCAUCGCAGUCAGCUGGCGUGCUGAUGGGUAACAGCUCACCGGAUGCGAAUGCGAAUGCGGAUGCUCUGAUGAAGUCGUCGUUCGAGCGGCUGGAGGUGACGGGCACACACUUUGCGCGACCAAAUAACUUGGAUCAGGAGUACAGUGCGAUGGUGGCGUCGGUCUACGAUAACGAGAUUGCCAACAGUGACAAUGUCUCAGUGGCUUCCGACUUGACCCGCAUGUAUGUCAGCGAUGAGGAUGAGAGGCAUGAGUUCCGAGUGCCAGUGCCGCAUUAUCUUUGAGAUUCGCAGGCA